AUGAACUUAUCAGAAGAAAGUUAUCAGGCAAUAUUUUUAUUUAAUUUACCUGUAAAAUCACGUGAAAAUAAAACGAUAUUUCCUUUUAUUGGCGUGUUUGUGAAGUUUCAAGGUUUUAUUCAAAUUUGGUUUGUUACAAAGCAAGAAUUAGAGGAUAUCAAAAAGGUUGAAUAUGAUGAUUCUGGUGAACAAUCGGAAGAUGAGUAUAAUGAACCAUUAGAGCUUUAUGAGGGUCAAGUUUUUAAAACUGCCGAGGAAGCAUAUAUUACAGUUGAGACUUUUGCUUAUUCACAUGGGUUUGGAAUUCGAAAAGGGCAUGUUGAAAAAGAUCCAAAUAGAUAUAAGAUUUCAAGAACAUUUUUAUAUUGUCAUGCUAGAAAACCAUUAACUGAAAAAAAAUCUCAUAAAACAGAGGCAUCUGGAUUAUGUCAAACUGACUGUAAAUGGAAAAGUCAAAAGUUAACUGAUGAAAUAUUAAAAGAAAUUGAAUAUUAUACUUUAGUCGGAAAGCUAAAUGCCAGUGCUCAGUAUCGUCUCCUUUCUGGAAAGUACCAAGUCUCAAUUCAUCAUCAACCUGAAUGGGAUUCAUUUAUUAAAGAUUUUUACAAAACUCGUAACAUACUGGAUCAACAAACAUUUGAGAUUUGUUUUAAAAAUUUAUUGAAGCAUUACCCAAAAGCAGCACAAUACCUUAAUAAGGCUUUAUACUCUGAUAGACAUUCUUGGGCAAGAGCAUAUACCUUCUGUCACUUUACUGCUAGUAUACAGGCAACCAGUCAUGUUGAAUCGAUUAAUUCUCAUAUUAAACUGGAAAUCAUCAAUCCAAAUAUUAAACCACCAAAUAUUUGUGACACUAUGUACAUGAAUAUUGAUGCUAUUCUUAAAGCCUUUGUUGCGCUCAACAUAAUUGAAAAAAUUUAUUAUGAAAUAAAUCAUAGUCUAUUUUAUCACACAUUCAAAAUUAGUCCUGAGUCUUUAUAUUUAUACCAGAUUCAAGAUGAUAAUACAAUGUUCAUUGAUGAUGCAUUCGACUAUCCUCUGGCUCAUUUUUUUUUUCUUUUUAAACAAUUAGAAGAAAAAAUAGUUGAAAUUUGGGAAGUGAUUCACAUAACCUGGAAGCAUUCUAAAUUACAUGUAUUUUUAUUCAAAGAUGGGUUGUUUAUAUGUAGUUGCAUGCUAUUAAUUAAUCGUAGAUAUCCUUGCAAACAUUUUUUUCGUGUUAUGGUAUAUUCUCUUGCUGCAAAAUUUUUCAUUAAUUUUGUAGUAAGUUGCUGGUUAUGUGAUGAAUAUCAAGAUAAAGAUCUCAGUGCACAACCUCUUGUCAGCUUAUUAACAGUUUUCUUAUCCAAACCAGCAGAAGAAUUAUUAAUUCCAACCACCAUAUUACAAACAAAUGAUUCUGCAAGUUUAUUUUUAGCAACAAGUGAAAUAUCUAGCUUGGCGCACUCAUCACCUGCUGCUAAAAAAUCGAUGCAAAAGAAAAAGGUUUAUGCAGAAAUUAUUGGAAUUGCACGCAAAGCAAUUAAUAUUGCUAUUGAAAAGGAUGAUUCAUGCAUUCUUAAGUUUUUAAAGAAAUAUAUUGUUAAAAAUGAACAUUCGCUUGUUGAGAAUACAGCCACAUGUGGUCUAGGAACCAAUACAUGUAGUAAAUGUGAUGGUAAAGGUCAUAAUCAUCGAUGGCAUCUUAAACAUAAAAAUAGGGUCUAUGAUUCAUCAAUCAUUUGUGAAAUUUAUAAUGGGCAUAGUCAUAGGAAAGAACAACAUAAUAUUAAUUCUAUAGAGGCAAAUGAGUUUGAUCAGGCUGCCA